CUCUUGUCUGUCUCAAAAGGAGAGGAGAGGAGAGGAGAGCAAGGGGACGACCACGACUCCAUAGACAUCCACGGCAACCAAUGCCGCCUCCACCUACCGCAACAAGUGGGAGAGACGACCGAUCGAGGACCUCCUCUUCUUCUUCUUCCUCCUCCUCCUCCUCCUCCUCCUCCACGGAGACGGGGCGAUCCACUCAUUCAACGCCUCUUCUCUUGUCUUCUCUCCCACGCACCCGCACGCAGCCAGGCCUAGACUCUUUCUUGGCUUGCCUCCGUCCCUCGCCUUCCUCCUCUCCGUCCUCCCGCUGCCGCCGCCGCCCCCGCCCCCGCGCUUGCUUUGAGGUGAGAACACAUGGCGCACGAUUUUGGUGGAGAUAGCGAGUUUGAGGACCAAUCCAAUGAGGGCUACCAAGAGCCUGCGUUCGAGGCAUUUAUGUGCCCCCUCACUAGGCAGGUCAUGCACGAUCCUGUUACCAUCGAGACAGGUCAGACCUUCGAGCGAGAGGCCAUUCUCAAGUGGUUUAAGGAAUGCAGGGACAGUGGGAGGAAGCCAACGUGCCCGCUGACACAAACGGAACUACGCAGCACCGACAUCAGCCCCAGCAUAGCUUUGCGCAAUGUCAUCGAUGAAUGGAGGGCAAGGAAUGAGGAAAAGGAGCUUGAGAAAGCCUGCAAUUCUCUCAAUCUACAGUCUGAAGAUGACACCCUGCAUGCUCUGGUGUAUAUCUCACAGAUGUGCCAAAAGAGCAGUGCAAAGAAGAACCUUGUGCGCAAAGAAGGUAUCAUACCAACAAUCGCUGACAUGUUGAAGAGCAACAGCAGAAGGGUUCGCCUCAAGUCUCUUGAAGUCCUACGCGUGGUUGUUGAGGACAACAAUGAAAAUAAGGAAGAGCUGGGGGAAGGUGACACCAUACGCACAAUUAUAAAGUUCUUGUCCAAUGAGCAUUUCCAGGAGAGGGAACUUGCAGUCUCACUGUUAUAUGAACUUUCAAAGUACGAGCCUAUAUGCGAAAGGAUUGGUGCAGUCUAUGGGGCUAUACUUCUACUGGUUGGGAUGGGAAGUAGUAAAUCAGAGAACGUCAUAUCUGUGGAGAAAGCAGCUGUGGAGAAAGCGGAGAACACGCUGAAGAAUCUGGAGAAGUAUGAAACAAACGUCAAGCAGAUGGCUGAAAACGGCAGGCUUCAGCCUCUACUUACCAAACUCCUUGAAGGCACACCUGAAGUGCAGGUUGCCAUGGCUGAAUACCUUGGUGAGCUUGCUUUGGCGAACGACAUGAAGGUUGUGGUAGCGGAGCAGGUCGGGGCGUUGCUGGUGAGCACCAUGAAGACCGGCACCCUGCCGGCAAGAGAGGCGACGCUCAAAGCGCUGAGGGAGAUUUCAUCAAACGAGUGCAGCGCCAAGAUCCUGCUUGAGGCGGGCAUCCUGCCGCCGCUGGUGAAGGACCUCUUCUCCGUUGGUGCCGGUCACCUGCCCAUGAGGCUCAAGGAGGUGUCCGCUGCGAUCCUGGCCAACCUGGUGGCCUCGGGCGCCAACUUCCGGUCCAUCCCGCUAGACGAGAGCGGGCAGACGCUGCUGUCGGAGGAUGUUGUGCACAGCCUGCUCCAUCUGAUCAGCAACACCGGCCCGGCCAUCGAAUGCAAGCUCCUCAACGUCCUCGUCGGGCUCACCGGCUCCCCGACGACCGUCACUGACGUGGUGUCCGCCAUCCGGAGCUCCGGCGCGACCAUCAGCCUGAUCCAGUACGUGGAGGCUGCGCACCGGGAGAUCCGCGUGGAGUCCCUGAAGCUGCUGCGCAACGUGUCGCCGUACAUGGGCGCGGAGCUGGCGGACGCCCUCGGCGGGAGCUCCGGCCACCUCAGCAGCCUGCUGAGAGUGGUCUCCGACGACAGGAGCGGCGUGUGGGAGGAGCAGGCGGCGGCCGUGGGGCUGCUUGGCGACCUCCCGGAGAGGGACUGGAACCUGACGCGGCAGCUGUUGGACCUGGGCGCGUUCCGGACGCUGGCGUCGAAGCUGGUGGAGCUCCGGCGGGGCACGAUCCGCGGCAACCGGCACGUGGCGCCGUUCACGGAGGGCGCCGUGAAGGUGCUGUACAGGGUGACGUGCGCGCUGCAGGAGGAGGCGGAGUACGUGGAGUUGGCGCGGGAGGUGGGCCUGGCGCCGCUGUUCGUGGAGCUGCUGCAGCAGAUGAGCAGCGGCCUGGACGCGGUGCAGGUCUACUCGGCGAUGGCGCUGGAGAACCUGUCCAUGCGGUCGAGUAGCCUGACGACCGUGCCAGACGCGCCGCCGCCGCCUCCAGGCUUCAUGUGUGCAUGCUUCGGGGGCGGAGGGAAGGCCAACAAUCCGAAGCCUGGGGCUCUGGGGACGUGCCGCGUGCACGGCGGAUUCUGCUCGCUGCGGGAGACGUUCUGUCUGGUGGAGACCGGGUGCAAGGCGGUGGAGCGUCUGGUGGCGUGCCUUGAGCACGCGGACGCUCGGGUGGUGGAGGCGGCGCUGGCGGCGCUGUCCACGCUGGUGGGGGACGACGUGGCGAACGUGACGGAGGGGGUGGUGGUGAUGGGGGAGGCGGAGGGGCUGCGCCCCGUGGUGGAGGUGCUGGUGGAGAACCGGACGGAGGCGCUGCAACGGCGGGCAGUGUGGGCGGUGGAGCGGAUCCUACGCGUGGAGGACAUCGCGCAGGAGGUGGCGGUGGACCAGAGCGUGGCGUCGGCUCUGGUGGAGGCGUACCGGAACGGCGACGCCCGCACACGGCAGACGGCGGAGCGCGCGCUCCGCCACCUGGACAGGAUCCCAAACUUCUCCAGCGCCUUCCACCACGCCGCCGCCAAGCCCCCGGCGACCACGGCCAAAAACAGAUGAUCAGUCAGUCCAGUCCCUGUCAUCGCCAUCCAUCUGAAUUGCAUUCGCCUUUGUUUCAUUUGUUUCAUACAUGAUGUGAUGGCCAUCCUUUGUACAUCUCAUAAGAGUACCCAGGCAGGCCAGUGUGCUCCUUACAUACAUUACAUGAUGAUGAUUGUAAUAUAUAUUCUGUUGAUUUGUUUGCUACACCUUCA